GCAGGUUCGUUAGAGAGAGGACGCAUUCGUUGGAAUUCCCAGCUUGCAAGAGAGAAAGGAGAAUUACCAAAAGAAAAGCUGAAAAACAGAAAGAAAGAAAUGGCGGCGAGAGACAGGGAUCUAGAGCGUUUAAUACCCAUUCAAAAUCCAGAUAUUAAUAUUAACAAUAUCAUUACCAAUGGAGGGUCUAAUUCUUCCUCUGAAUCUGUCUCUCCUAUCAUCUCUUCUCAUCACUCCUCCAGCGAAGAGGCAAUGUCUAAAGUCAUCAGAAGCUGGGCUUCGAAGAAGUUCAUGUCUGGAUGUGUCAUUUUGCUUCCUAUGGCCAUCACAUUCUGCAUCACUUGGUGGUUUAUUAGUUUUGUGGAUGGAUUCUUCUCUCCAAUCUAUGCUCAUUUUGGAGUCAAUAUAUUUGGUCUUGGAUUUGUGACCUCCAUAUCUUUCAUCUUCCUGAUUGGUGUGUUCAUGUCCUCAUGGUUGGGAGCUUCUGUUCUUGGCUUGGGAGAAUGGUUUAUCAAGAAAAUGCCUUUUGUUAGCUAUAUUUACUCUGCUUCUAAACAAAUCAGUGCAGCAAUUUCCCCAGAUCAGAGCUCCAAUGCCUUCAAGGAAGUGGCCAUCAUAAGGCAUCCACGUCAUGGGGAAUAUGCUUUCGGAUUUAUCACAUCCAUUGUUAUUCUUCGUGGAAGCAUGGGCGCAGAGGAACUGUGCUGUGUUUAUGUGCCUACCAACCACCUUUAUCUUGGAGAUAUUUUCCUCAUCAGUUCGAAGGAUAUUUUGAGACCUAAUCUCUCAGUUCGAGAAGGAAUCGAAAUUGUCAUCUCAGGGGGAAUGUCAAUACCACAGAUAUUGAACACAAUGGAUUCACAUGCUGUUCAUGCAACAGGACUUGGGACCGAAGUUUCCUUGGGACAAAAGGAAAAGGGGGAGAGAAUGUGCAGCCUAAAGAAGCAUGAAAAAAAAAGGUAGCAUUGCCAUUGGCUAGAUAUAUUUCAAAAGGAGACCACAAGACACAAGGAGGUACCAACAGGAAAAACCAAUGAGAAGAACGACAGAGAGAUGGCAAUACCACAGAAGACAAGACUGGCGCAGAGAGUUUCCAUAGAAGCUCACAUCAAAACAUAUCAGAUAUAGAGGCAGCCUUCCCUGUAAAAUCUCAGCGUAGCUAGAGUUGAUAUCGGAACUUAUUACUAUUUCUGGAUGAUGAACAGCAUGAUGUUAGUUA